AUGAAAAGCGUUACAGAAGCCCAAGCAACACUUGAAAAUACUUUAAAUAAAGAUACAAAGACUCUUUCUCAUGUAGACAAACGUCUUCAGACUCUUACAGCCGAAAACGAAGAAACAAGCAACGCAAUUAUCGAAUUAAAGCCAAUUGUAACCGAUGUUUCAACAAAAAUUGAAAAUGCAAAGAAAACAAAGAACGAACUUACAGAAAAAAUCAAUGUAUUAAAGAAUACGAAGACAGAUGUUACUAAUUCCUUCAAUACAGUAAGAAACGAAGUGAAAGCAAGAAAAGACAGAUUAUCUCGACGAAAAGAGCAUCUCAAUGAGGUAUUAAGAUUCCAAUCCCAUAAGAAUACGAGUAUACAAGCCAUAAAAGAGCAAAUUACUGAUAUUGACAACGAAAUUGAAGAAUCAAAAACAGCAUUAAAGGAAUCCAAUGAUAAAAACAGUGAAUUGGUCACAGCAUUGGAAGAUGAGAUGAAAAAGGCCGACCAAAUUGCAGAAGAAAAAGCAAAAGUCCGAAAUCAAAUCAAAGAAUUGCGACCAAAGAUCGUCGAAGCAGCUUUAAAGGUUUCUUCCGAACAGAAUGAGAAGAUAGUGAUGAAUAGACAACUCAGCGGGGCUCAGGCUUCACUUGCAGAAGUAAAUCAAUUACAAUAUGAAGAAAAACAUGCAAUUCAAGAGAUAAAGAACGCAACACAGACACUUAAGAGUGAAACUGCUACAAUGAAGGGAUCAAUGCAAUCAGAUAAAGACAAAAUCAUCCAAAUUUUCCAAGAAAUUGAUAAAACUCGGACAUCGACCUUCAAAUUGCAGGCAUCCAUCAAUGCAAUGAAAGAUUCCGAGCUUGUGGCUGCUGAAGAGAACGAAAGAUUGAUGAAAGAACAUGCAAAUCUGAUGUCAAAAUCAAAUAGACAGACAGACUUAUCGGAACAGCUCAGAGAUGAAAGAAAUAAGAUUUUUAGUCAGAUAAAGAGAUACAUCAUAUAUCAUGCGUGUUUGCACACUAUAUAUAGUUAA